AUGGACCACUCGCACCAUCACUCCGGGAUGAGCGCCAUGGGCCACACCAGCGCCCCCUCGCACCAUAACUCUGGGAUGAGCGCCAUGGACCACACCAGCACCCCGGCCCCCCCUCACCACCACCACCCACCGGCCACCAUGGGGCCCCACUCCCACGGCCACGGCGGCGGCAGCGCACACACGAUGCCCAUGACAUUCUACUUCGGCUACAAGAACGUGGAGGUGCUGUUCUCGGGGCUGCUGAUCGACUCAGCUACGGCCAUGGCCGUGGCUUUUGUGGUCGUGUUUCUGCUGGCCCUGGGCUAUGAGGGACUCAAGACAGCCCGAGAGGCGCUUCUGCGUAAGGCCCAGGAGAGGCUCCGCGCCCAGUGCUCUUCUUUCUCGAGAUCCGACGGAACCUGCCCCAAGGAGACGCCCAAGCAGCAGCUGCUGAGUGCCGCUCACCUCCUGCAGACGGUGCUGCACGUGUUCCAGGUGGUCCUGAGCUACCUGCUGAUGCUGAUUGCCAUGACCUACAACGCCUACCUGGGCCUGGCGGUGGUGGCGGGGGCCGGCGCCGGCUACUGGCUCUUCGGCUGGAAGAAGGCGGAGGAUUCCCGGAGCCUUGAGAUGAACAUGGAGAGGCUCCAACAGGAGGGCCAGGGCAGCUGCUUCACCCUGGAUGAAAGGGUCCCGUCCACAACGCCCGUGUUUCUCUCCCACAAGGCCCUCCAGUAG